AUGAUGAGCGAUACAGACUCGACUUUUUAUGAGGUGAUCACGGCCAAUAAUCGAAAAACGACCACUGGAAGACCGAAAACACUUCUACCUGUUACCGAGCAAUUCAGUUCAGACGCCACAUCGACCACAGCUGCCAGGCCAAACUCUACCAAGUCAGACAAACUAGUUGACUUGAACUCUUCACCAGCUCUCUGGCCGCAAUACGAUCCCAGCACCAAUGGCUGGUUUCAACCGGCUCCAAUUUCCAGCAGUGGAAAUCCGUCCAUUCCAAACAUUCACGUAGAGGACAUUUUCUCGAAUCACUUCCCCGGACUGCCGGGAAGCAUCAGUCUGCAGCCGAGCAGUACUGCCUCAUCAGCGGUGAAUCACUUUCCUACGCUGGGCCCACCACCGGUGCUGCCUUCAGUGCCCUCCACCACGGCCUCUCCCCAAGACAUUGCCCACACUGGUCGGUACACAUGCGGCGUACGGCCACUUCGUCCCACAGGGAGGGUGGUCGGUGGGAGAAAUGCCGCCUUUGGAGAGUGGCCCUGGCAGGUGCUCAUCAAGGAGUCAGGCUGGCUGGGACUGUUCAUGAAGCCAAAGUGCGGCGGAGUUCUCAUUGAUGAUCGCUGGAUUCUCACGGCUGCCCACUGUCAGCCAGGCGUCAUGGGCUCACUGAUCGUCAUGCUGGGCCAGAAUGACAUGAACGGCGAUCUCCAACAGUUUAAACCAGUGGUGAAAAUGGUUCGACGAAUGAUCGUCCACCGAGACUACAACCCGGAAACAUUCGACAAUGACAUUGCUCUUCUCGAGCUGGAGACGCCCUUUGAGAUGAAGCCACAUGUUGUGCCCAUCUGUUUGCCAGAGCAGGACUACCAUCUUGUUGGGGAAUUUGCGCACAUUGCCGGUUUCGGAAAACUAAACUACG